UGAUGGGAAAAGAUUGUUUACGUUCUAAAUGGAAAGAAUACUGUUAAAGUAAUUGCUGCAUUAUUCAGAUAAUUUAAAAUGUCAUCGUUGCGCCUAAGCCAGCUGGAGCGUGACCAUCUGACGCUACUGCAGCGUCCGGCUAACCAAGUCCUGGAAUUAUGUAAGGCUGCGUUUGAUUACCUUCUUAAUGGCCCGAGUCCGGAGUGCUAUGAAUUACUGGCCAAAAAAUACGGUAAUGAUGUCAAAGGAGAAGCUGUGCAACGUGGCAUCGAGGCCCUAAUCUCACUGCUUAUUCAUGUGACGACCAAGGCGGGCGUAAAUGGAGAGCGUGUCGAUAUGCAGCAAACAUUCCCAAAUCUUAAUGAGGACGUACUGGAGGUGCUUCAACAGUUUGUGACCAGUAAGUGCAAUUUUGUGGAGGGAUCCAUUAAGUCGGCCAACAUACGCGCCUAUCGGCUGGUUAAUCUGGAUUGGAGGCUGGAGGUGCGCACCGCAGCUCGCUCCUUGCUGAAACAGUCAAAUAUCGUGAUAACAAUGAAGCUGUACCUGCACACAGAGCCUAAAAAUGAAAAUCGCGAGCUGCUCGAAAUCGACACAACGGGGCGCAGCGACCAGGAGCUAUGCGCCUUGCAUGCAGAUGAGCGAAAGCAUCGCAAGGAUAUGCUGGUACAGACAGAUAUCAGCAGCUUAGUGCACUUAAUCAAAUCGCUGGAGGAUGCGUUGACAGAGUCGAAGACCCGUCGCAUUAAAAAUAUUGUAAAUGCCAUACAUUAGCUUCUAAGUCAAGUUAAUAACUAUAUUUUAAGCUGGACCAAUUUAUU